AUGAGCACCUUAACCUCCAGUUUAUUGCAAAACAUAUCAGUUGUGCGCCCUGAAUAUUUUUACAUCAGUGGAUUUUCUGGAAUACCUUUUGUGAAAUACUACUUCAUAUUUUUAUUUGUUACCUAUUUCGUUGCUGUGUUUGGAAACUCUUUUGUGCUUUUCAUGAUAUUUACUGACCGAAGUCUUCAUAUUCCUAGAUACAUGGGAAUCUUUAAUUUAGCUUUAGCAGACUUUGGUGAAACAAAUGCAUUGAUUCCCAACCUAAUGAAGACCUUUCUUUUUGAUUCACAGUACAUAUCCUACAAUGCUUGUUUGGCAAAUAUGUUCUUUGUUUUCUUCUUUCUCAGUGUACAAUCUUUAACUCUUGUUGUCCUGGCAUAUGACCGCUAUAUUGCUAUCCGUUUACCCUUAAGAUAUCAUUCAAUUGUCAGUAACUCCCUCAUGACUGCAGCUUUGGUGUCAGUAUGGUCAAUUUGCACUGUUGUAGUUGGCACAAUGGUAGGUGGCAUCUCCCGACUUUCCCUCUGUAAAACCAAUGAGAUAAAAAGCUAUUUUUGUGAUCAUGGACCAAUUUAUAAUAAUGCUUGUAAUGACAACACUAUGAGUUCAGUAAUGGCAAAACUUUGGACUGCACUAUUCCUUUAUUUUCCUUUGGUUGCUGUAAGUUUAUCAUAUAUAGGCAUUUUUCUUGAAUUGACUAAGAUUACGACAUGGGAGGGACGUCUUAAAGCUCUUAAAACAUGUUUCACUCAUAUGUUACUAGUAGGAAUAUUUAUUGUACCUAUAAUAAGUACAUAUAUUGCUGCUUUAACUUUUACUCUUCAUCCCAAUGCCAGAAUAAUCAAUACUUCACUUGCAAGCGCAAUUCCGCCCAUGGUAAAUCCCAUCAUUUAUGUCCUGAACACAAAGGAAUUCAAAGAUUUCAUAGUGAAAAUGUUUAAAAUCAAAAUUAAAUCUAAGUUAAAGGUACAAGCUUUACCAAAUUGA